AUGGCAAUCAAGAAACCAGGUCUAGUUUUAAACGAAAAUGAAAAGUUACUGGAUAGAAUCGAAAAGCUUGAUUUAAACGAAUCAAAUAUAUUAAAUACAGAUUACAUUGCAAAUAAAUUAAGGACAUCAUAUCCCGAAUAUAACAGAAAACCAUUAAAAGGAUUUUUACAAAUGGUAGAAAAAGCCAUGCAAACACUUAUAAAUAAUUUAUCAUCAGCUUCAGAAGAGGAGGACGAUAAAAUGGACGAUGAAAAAGAUUGUGAAAUUAUAUCACCACCAGCACCAGUUGAAAAUAAUAAAAUAAACGAAUCAUUAGUAUCAUCAUAUAAACAAAACCAACAACCACAACCACAAACCCAAACACAAGCACAAGCACAAUUAGCAAAUGGCAAAAGAAAUAGAGAUGAUAAUGUAAAUAAUACAGCUACAAAUAUAGAUAAUAUUAAUGUAAAUAACAAUACACCAAAUACAAAACCAAAAAAAAAAGUUAAAAAUUCAACAAGCAACAAUAGUUUCCCAUUUUCACAAAAUAAACAACAACAACAACAAGGUGAUAAAGAAGAAAACGCACAAUCAUUGAUUCCAACUAUUACAUUCCAAAACUUGGGUGGUGUUGAAUCAUGUUUAAGAGAAAUUAGAGAACAUAUCGAAUAUCCAAUUUGUCACCCAGAGAUUUAUUCACAUUUAGGUGUAGAACCACCAAGAGGUAUUCUUUUACAUGGUCCAUCAGGUUGCGGUAAAACUUUAUUGGCAAAAGCAAUAGCAGGUGAAUUAAAAGUACCAUUGUUUGCAAUUUCUGCAACUGAAAUUACAUCAGGUGUAUCAGGUGAGUCAGAAGCCAGAAUUAGACAGUUAUUUAGUAGCGCAAUUGCUCAAGCACCCUCAAUUAUAUUUAUUGAUGAAAUUGAUGCUAUUGCACCAAAAAGAGGAUCUGCAUCAAAAGAUAUGGAAAGAAGAAUUGUUUCACAAUUAUUGACAUGCAUGGAUAGUUUAAAUUAUUUAUCACAGCAAGCAAAUAGUAAUGAUGGUGCAUCAAAUGGUAAUAUUGAUCCAGAUAUUUUAGAAAUUGAUAAUAUUUCAACCGAUCAAAUUAACGAUAUUAAAAAUCUCAAAAAAGGUCAUGUUGUUGUUAUUGGUGCUACCAAUAGACCCGAGUCAUUGGAUACAGCUUUGAGAAUUGGUGGUAGAUUUGACAAGGAAAUUUGUUUAGGUAUUCCAGAUUCUGCAGCAAGAUGUAAAAUAUUGAAGGUCAUCACCUCAAAAAUGAGAUUAACACCAAAUUUCGAUUACGAAGAAAUAGCAACUCUUACUCCAGGUUAUGUAGGUGCUGAUAUAAAUUUAUUAGUUAAAGAGGCUGCAACCAAUUCAGUAAAUAGAAUUUUCAACUUGGGUCACGAUAAUGACGAGGGUUUAUCAAAAACACCUCUACAAAAAGAUCAAUUAAAGGAUUUAUAUAUAGAAAUGACCGAUUUUAAAAAAGCUUUAAAGAAGGUUGUUCCAGCAGCUAAAAGAGAAGGUUUUGCUACCAUUCCAAAUGUUACUUGGGACGAUGUUGGUGCUUUAAAUGGAGUUAGAGAAGAGUUAACCAAUUCAAUUCUUAGACCAAUUAAAUUCCCAAAGAAAUACAAAGAUAUGGGUAUCGAUUCACCAGCAGGUGUUUUAAUGUAUGGUCCACCAGGUUGUGGUAAAACUUUAUUAGCUAAAGCUAUCGCUAAUGAAUGCCAAGCUAAUUUUAUCUCUGUCAAAGGUCCAGAGCUUUUAAAUAAAUAUGUUGGUGAAUCUGAACGUGCUGUUCGUCAAGUGUUCCAACGUGCUGCUGCUUCAUCACCAUGUGUUAUCUUUUUCGAUGAGUUUGAUGCUUUGGCACCAAAGAGAGGUGGGGAUGGUGGUAAUCAAGCUACUGAACGUGUCGUAAAUCAAUUGUUAACUGAAAUGGAUGGUUUAGAGAAACGUUCCGAAGUAUUCAUUAUCGCUGCUACAAAUCGUCCAGAUAUUAUCGAUCCAGCAAUGUGUAGACCAGGUCGUCUUGAUAAAAUGGUUUAUGUACCAUUACCAACACCAGAAGAAAGAGUAGAAAUUCUUAAAACUCUUACACAAAAGAUUCCAAUUGAUCCAUUGGUCGAUUUGGUUAAAAUUGGUACAGAUACUCGUUGUCAUUCUUUCUCUGGUGCCGAUCUUUCAUUAUUAGUUAAAGAAGCUGCCAAUCAUGCCAUCUCAAGAGGUUUCGAAAAUAAAGAUAUUACAGAACAUACAAGUCAAUCUGAUGUUGUAAAUAUGGACGAUUUCAUUUAUUCAUUAAUUAAAAUAAAACCUUCAGUUUCAAGAAAAGAUGAAUUAAUGUAUGAUAAAUUAAAUAAUGAUAUAAAUAAAUCAAGAGAUAAGAAAAAUAAUAAUAAUAAUAAUAAUAAUAACAAUAACAAUAAUAUAAAUAAUAAUAUAAAUAAUAUAAAUAACAAUAGCAAUAAUAAUGGUGUAAUGAUGAGUUAA